AAAAUUCAUCCUCGUUUGAUUUCCGAGAAAAUCCAUGCAAAACCCCCAAGGAAAACCAAAAAAAUUGCUUUGUUUUUUGGCUCCCUGUGUUUGCUGGAUCUGUUCUAGGGGUCUCUUUGCUUUUAUGCCAUUGGAUUUAAAUUUCACGAACCCUAAAUCCACGAUUUUUGAGCCAGACUGAAGAACACAACAACCUCUUCCGUCUGAAUCUAAAAAUCAAAAGGGCUUCUUUAUAUCUACUAAAUCUAAAAAUCAAAAGGGCCAGCCGCUUCUCUCACUCGAAGUAUGAAGAAGCCCUUUUCUGAAGUUGCCCUCCAGACGAGAGAAUCCCUAGAAAGGCCCUAUUUUCCUCUGCCACUCGAUCCUCGCAGACUGAAGAACACAACAACCUCUUCCCUAUUCCACUGCAAGCUCCACUUCUCCCCGUAUCUCGCCGGCGCCGAUCAUCUCAGAGCAGUAGAAAUUGAAAUGGGUAUUACACAAGAUCUCCUCAAGGCUGUUGAUCAGUAUCUCUUGGAGUGUUUUGAGAAAGCACAACUUCAUGGACAGACAACAGGAUCUACACAGCUUCAUGGACACACAACGGUAUGCUCUUAUUAUUGAGAAAGCUUUUAUUAUUGAAUUUCAGUAAUUACUUGUUGAUUAAACACUCAAAGUAAUUUCAUUUUCUUGGCAUCACAGUGAGCAAGAUCAAGGAUCAAGUGAAUCCGUUGAGAUCCAAGUUUUUUUCGGCUAUCUUUCAAUAUUGAGUGUCCUUUCAGUGAAAUAUCAAGGUAUCAGCAUUUCCUGCUUGAGGAACAUAAAUGGAUUAUAUAUAUUUUUGUUAUUGUUAUUUCAAUCUAUGUUGCAACAAUUAUUGUUGGUAAAAAGCUUGGGCCCAUUCGACUCCUCUCUGCCACAAUUGCCCCAAUCUUACUCUUCUUCAUUUUAGUUCCAGAAUUAGGAUGGCCGGCACUUGGUUUAUGGGUCAUCCUUGUAGCAAAAUUGGCAUGGGACUACGAGUUAUGAGUGUGGCAAAUGAGUUGAAUACAUGACUUGCUUGGUGAAGAAGAUAAUGAUAUAGUUGCCGUAAGUAGUCCCAUGCCAAUUUUGCUACAAGGAUGACCCAUAAACCAAGUGUCGGCCAAAAUGAAGAAGAUUAAGAUUGGGGCAAUUGUGGCAGAGAGGAGUCGAAUGGGCCCAAGCUUUUUACCAACAAUAAUUGUUGCAACAUAGAUUGAAAUAACAAUAACAAAAAUAUAUAUAAUCCCUUUAUGUUUCUCAAGUAGGGAAAUGCUAAUGCCUUGAUAUUUCACUGAGAAGAGGACACCCAAUAUUGAAAGGUAGCCGAAAAAAACUUGGAUCUCAACGGAUUCACUUGAUCUUGCUCACUGUGAUGCCAAGAAAAUGAAAUUACUUUGAGUGUUUAAUCAACAAGUAAUUACUGGCUGCUCUUUUCUGCUCGGGAGGUGUCGCUGGAGAGAGGAGCUCAUAUAUGCAACUUUGGAAUUUUGCGGCUUACAUUGGUUUUCCACCACUUUUUCCACUCAUAUGCCGACAUCUAAAUUCACUCUUUGUGGGAACAUAUAUCCAUCAUGUAGGAUGCUCGAUGCCUUAAAUUUUCUCUAAAUUCAUUUAUCAUCUGCUAAAUGCUUACAUGUUGGUUGUACUUGUAUUUUGUAAGGAAUUAAUAAAUGUAUAUAAUAUUUUUAGUUUCGAAGUGA